UCUUCUAAUAAUUUAUUUCUCAAGUACAAGAUCUACACCAUCGUACUCCGAUUUUUGCGCCCAAAUUAUAUGUCUAAGAUGUCCAAAUCUCACAACAUCAACCAUAUCUUUCCUCUUGUCUAUUCACCCACCUCGAGUUUUGACAUUGGAGAUGCUCUCAUGCACCAUUGCCUCUGAAUGGCUGGAUCACGGGGCACUCGAAGCACCAACAGCAGUGGGAGCCAAGCCAAAACCGGGCGUGCACGGCAUGGUGAAGAGCCUGAGGUCCCCACGGCAAAGAAAAAUCUCCGAGGACGGCCGGAUCCACAUGUAUCGCCAGAUCAUCCGCGGAGCCGAGCCAGGGUGCCCCCGGCGGUCAAGCGUGAGCGAUUCCGACGCUUUCCCCAAAAAUCCUGCGCUUUUCGGGAAAAGAACCCAAACGCCGAGAGGGAUCUCGUCGACACGCCGUCGGAAACGCGCCCCCCCGAUUCCUCGCCGGUGCCGUCUUCCCCAAAAUCUCUUCUCCCUCUCCCACCUGGCCACCUCUCCGCUUCGCCUAUAAAGAUCGCCCUCUGGCCCUGAUCCUCCCGUACGACGAGUGCCCACCACCGCGGCAGAUCUUUGACGCCUCCGAGGGAGUAGCAGCGGGAACAGCAUCGCGGACAGCUGGGAGAGGGGAUCGAUGGAGGAGGACGGCGGCGCCGGCAGCGGGGAGCCGUUCGUGGCCGCGGCGCCGGGCGCCGGCAGCGCCGGAGUCGGAGCAGGGAGCAGCGCGGGCGGCGGCGCGAAGCUGCCGCAGGUGCUGCAGAAGAGCUUCGGCGAGGUGCAGGGGAUCCUGGAGCACAACCGCGUGCUGAUCCAGGAGAUCAGCCAGAACCAGGAGACCCGCGACGCGGACGGGUUGACCCGCAACGUGUCGCUCAUCCGGGAGCUCAACACCAACAUCGCCCGCGUCGUCGACCUCUACGGCGACCUGUCGGGCUCCUUCGCCCGCGCCGUCGCCGCCAAGAAGGCCACCGCCGGCGGCGCCGCGGCGGGCGGCCCCAAGAGGCCCCGCUCCGCCGGCGCCGGGCAGCAGCAGCAGUAGAGGCGGCGGCGGCGGCGGCGCCUUCGCUCCGCGUUAGGAUUCCGUCGGGAAAAAUUCUGAGGGGGGUAGAGAGGUAGAAUUGGAAACCUUUUUUCUUUUCCCGAUUUGGCCGGGGAUGGGAUGACAUGAUGAUGUAUGGGUGUACCACCUCCAUUCCAAAUUAUAAAUUAUAAUCAUUUCAAAA